CGAGCAUCACAACCAUACCCUUCUUACACUAGUACUACUACUACAUGUGCAAUAUCGAUCUGCACUGCCACAUGGCUACGAGCGACGACACCACCUCCGGUCCGACUCAAUGGUCUCCACUUGGCCUUUGGACUCAAUCGUCAUCGUCCCCGCCCACCGCCGAUGCAUCAGACUCGAUCAUUGUGACGGCCGCAUCGACGAGUCCAACAAUCAAUGGCCAAGCGGCGAAGGCCAACAUCGAAGGGCGAGUAGGCAAGUCAGGUCGAAGGAGAAGCAGAGCGUCACGACGAGCCCCGACCACGAUGCUGAACACCGACACGGCCAACUUUCGAUCCAUGGUCCAACAAUUCACGGGCAUCAUGUCGGGGCCGUACCCAUAUCCAAUCCUGGACACAGUACACUCUAUCAGGGGCUACAAUUUCAAUGACCCAAUUAUAUCGUCGUCGUCGUCUUCGUCGUCGGUUCAUCGACCGAGCGCGAUGCCCAUGGAGCUCCAACAGCAAUACCAAUACUAUGCACCAAGUCACCAUGGGCAGCAUGCGCGAGAGCAGCAACAAGCUUCCCAAAAUGAAAUUAGCUUAUUUGUUCCGGAGUCGAACAACUCAAGCGCAAACUUAGAUCAGGUGGGUGAUGAUUUUUUCGCCGAUGCCAUGUACGCCCAAUGGAUGCCAGCAAGUAGGCCAACCUCCAACCCUAAUAUUAAGGUCGUCGACGAUGACUUCUACUUUUAAGAAUUAUAGAUAAGGAUAGAAUUAAUUAUUAUAUAUUAAUCAAUGGCAUGUACAUACAUAUUAUUAUAUAUCAUAUCAUAUGCUAUAAGCUAUAGAUUGAUUAAACUACUCAUGGAAUAUUUCUAGAAGAUGAUCGAUAUACUUUAUACAAGAUGGCCACAUAUUAUUUUUUAUAAAGUCCAAGGAGAAUUAUUGAGUGUAAAAGAGGCAAAGGAGGAACUACCACACAAAUGGGUAAGACGAACGCACAAGUCAUUGAAUGAGUGGAUCGGAUGUGUUAAUUUAUAUAUGUCCCCAUCAAUUACUAGUUCAUUAUUUUUUGUUUUAAAUAAAAUAUAUAUUAAUAUUGAUAAAAUUAUCAGGUUGAA